AAAAAUAGUGCAAGGCUGCAUCAGCUUAAUACAAGCAGAUUUUUGACCUAGAUGUCAUUUUAUUCCUCAGGACCUAGGUUUAGGUUCCAAGGUAGUAAAAAGAGAGAUUUUCUUUGAUUCAUUUUUGUUUCACCUCAGUAUACGAAAAAGAAGACAAGACUGGUGGGAGGGAUAAUUAUUUGUGGUACCAACAGACAUGGUAUAAGAAAAAGUCUGUUGUGUCAUUUCAACCAUGAGACUCAUCUUUCAAGCACAUUCAAUGGUCUUCAUACUGGGCAACUUUGUGGCUUCUCAGUUACAAUCUUCUGCAGGUGGGAAAGAUGCUACCAACAUCACAAUAAUCAACUUCAAUAACGAGAAGAUGCAGAUCACAUGGCCAACAAGAGGGGUUUUUUCUAAUGAGAAUGUGUCAUUUUUUUACACAUUUGAUGAAGGCAAGCACAAAGUUUGGAAACCAUGUACCACCUAUUUAUUGGAUCAAGAUUAUAAUUCUGGAUGUCUUUUUAAGACAGAAGGACCUACCCUCACCAUUUCUAUCAGGAGCAGCAAUGGAAGUGAAAAGCUCUUUUCUAAAACAUUUAAAGCUGAGUUUUUCAUAAAGCCCAGUCCACCAGAAAAUGUGACCUUCUUCUGGGAAGAGGACACUGUUACUGUAAGAUGUAAUAGACCAGAGAGAAAUGCACUGUGCUUGGGACUUGAACUUCAGUACAAAAGCAAGUUUGACAAAGAGUGGCAAUCCAGAACUUCUAAGUGCUGCAGUGUUGGAGACCAAGGCUUUGAUCCAAGGAAGUGCUACUCUUUCCGGGUCAGACUGCAGAGGCUGAAACACUGCAACGUAGUUACAUACAGCAGUGACUGGGAAGCUGAAACAUUUUGGAUGAAUGGCACCUUAUUAGAUUCAUGUGAUGAUGAUUUAAUUCCUCAGCCAAAACCAGUAAUUGUUUUAAGUUGUUUGCUGGCAGUACUCUUAAUGAUGCUUAUCCUCCUGAUUCUUCUGUGUAAAUGGCAGAGGGUUCACAUGUCAGUCCUGCCUGCUAUACCAGACCCAAAAUACCUAUUCACUGAUCUCUUCAAUGAUCAUAAUGGAAACUUACAGGAAUGGCUAGACAAAAAUGACCAUGUGGUGUUGCAAACCAAGCUAGAAUGUGAAGAACCAGAGUCCAUCACUGAGGCAGAAAGCCAGCAAGAAGAUGGGAAGAACAGUGACAAACAGGGGCCUUUGGAAAAAAUCUUCACUUUUUCAGGAGCAGCUGAAAAUAAUGAUGGCAAAGCAGCUGAGAUUGCCUGCCUGUUACCAGCAUCCAACACUAUGGCUCCUUUUGCUGGCUUCCAUAUUUUAAUGAAUGAUGACAUGUAUGUGAUGCUAUAAAAGCUGCAUAAUGCAAAGAUGUUAGGAAAUUCCAUAAAAAUCGUGAUGAGUUUGGGAGUGUGACUGAAUAGAAAAGGUCAUCAUGAUAAGAUUCACAUCAAAGAAAAACACUGGGCUGCGUUUUCAGAUCUGUACUUUCCCAGCAGUUAUGAUCUCUUGGGCAGACUCAAAUGUUUGAAACAAACUCCUGAUAAUUUAUAGAGUUAGGAUUUGCUCUUCUAAUUGGGGUUGAUCCCUAAUCCUAAUUUUCUUGCUGUGGACAGGAGAGCACAGGAACUCCUCCUUAAUAUACGUCAGCAGGGCUGAGAUUUAGUCCUUCUGCUUAUGGAAUGUGUAGAGCGGGGAAAACUACACUAUUAUUGUUCCCAAAUGAAGAGAGAAAAUAAAGAGAUUUUGCUGUCUCACGUAAAGAGAUUUUUGUUACAUAACUUUGCAUUUCAUGGCAUGCCUUAAAGGUUUUAUAGAGAAGGAGUAAGGCCUUCAUCUAAGAAGAGAAGAGUGAGGAUGCACAGUAUUGAAUCACAUUUCAGCCUGCAGAUACUUCUGUGUAGGCAGCUUCCUCCAGAGCAGCAGGGCUUCAAGUGUUUCCUCCAAAGGUAAUGUCCUCUGUAUCUUACAGUCUUUGAAUAGUCAGCACCUUACAGCCUUUAUUGUAGAAAGCUGAAGUUCAUUUUGAACAGUAUUUAACUGUGUUUCAUUUUUUUCAAACUGGGGUUUAGUGCAAUCAGCAGCUGUAGACACAAAUUAGGACUUCUUAUUCAUACUGCAUAUACUAGUCUCUUAUUUUGCUCUAGAAAAUGGGCACUUUGGGUUUUUUAAACAAGUUUAAAAAAAUAGGUUUAGAACAAUAUUCUAAAGUUUUCUAAACAUACCAUCUUUUAAAGAAUGUUUAAAAUAAAAUUUAAAAUGCAAUAUACUAAGCAAUCAGACUUGAGAAAAAAAACCUUGACUAUUCUGAGUUUCUCCAUAUCACUUGUUACAUGCUAUUUGAAAGCAAAUUUUGUAAAAAAUUUAAGUGUUAAAAGUGUUUAUCAUCUAAGCAGAUGUAGUGUGAUUAUAUGCUGAAUUAGCUACAGUUGUUCACCUGCAUAUUAGUCAGUCAUUAAAUGGUUUUAUCUGUU